AUGAGCUGUUGGUACCCAACCAGCUUGUUCAGUCAGGGGACAGUAAUCAUACAGAGGAAGCUCAGUUUCCCCAAGGGUCCCAGGCUUCCUUUCAGGAACGCUUACUUCCUAGCUCAGCCACCAGAGCACAGGGUGGCAGCCCCUCUUCCUAUUCUGACGGAAAUGGGAGGGAAGAAACGAACUGAGGACCUGCAAGAUGGCCCUGACAUGCUGAAACCAGAGCACAGAGAGGGUUAGCAACCUGCCUUAAAGCAACCAGCUUGUGAGUGAGUGGUUGAUUUGGGACUUGUGCCCCGGGGUGAUGGGCUCCAGGCCUCUCCGUGGAACUUCAGCCUCAGCUACUUUUCUUUCCUUGGCAGGCCUGGGCCACUGCUACUUUGGCAGCCGGUUAGCUAGUUGAGGGUAAUGUUCCAGAGGAGGGGUUGCAGGGCUUCCUUCUGAUGCCCACUGCCCCAGAGAGCUGACAGGGUGAUGUGCUGGGGGACAGAGACUGGGUGCUUACCAUCCCCUGGAAAAGCAGAAAUAGACCUCCUCUUGCAGGACAGCUGGAGGGGAGAGUUGGCUUUGGGAUGUCGCUGCCUGUAGAACAGUUCUGACUCCUUCCACUGGAGAAAAAAAGAGGCAUUUCUCUCCAGAGGCAGUGGCCUCGCAUGUUCUAGAGUUUUAUAGGCGAGGAAGAGGUGGACAGAGGAAGUUUUGUGUGAAUGUGGUGUGUGUGUGUGUGUGUGUGUACACGUAUAUGUGCAUGUGUGUGUAUGUGUACUACGUGUUCAUCUCCACCCAGAAGCACAGCUACGCAGCCCUUGUUUCCAGCCCUGGGCUUCCGGGCAACAGAUACCACUAGCCUGUGGUCUCUGGGAACCUCAGGGUGACCGUGCUGGACCCAGGAUGUUUCCCCAGGUUCCAGCAUUUUAUGCCUCUUAUGGAAGCAACUGGUUGUUCCCCCUGCUGUUCUCCACACAAAGGGAAGGUCAGCUGACCCCCUGAGACCUCUGCCAUCUGGAAACUCCCUCAGGCUGGUUUGGAAAACGAUGCCCUCUCUUUUGCUCUGGCUAACAUACAACCUGCUCUUAGAGGAGGACUUAGCUAAGUGGGCCCUAAUUUGCCCAUUUCUCUCUUGCUCUGUGUGUCUGUCUGUGUGUUUUAGAAACCAGGGACGUUCAAAGAUGCUAAAAACCCAGGAAAUGAUCAUUUAACAGCUUGUAGAUAAAUAUAUCUUGGUUUCUGUCCAUUUUUCUGCUCUCAACCACUGUUUCUUAAAACAUUUAUGAUCUAAGUAUAUGUGAACGUGCAGUUACUAGCUCUACAUUCUCUUUUCAUUUAUGCUUGAUGGUGUAGGACUCCACUGAGGAAGUGUCAGCUUUUAUUCUUUUCACUUGCUUAUUUAUAUUCAUGCAUGUUUUCUUUUAGAAAAUGUUUAAGGCAAGAUUUGAAUGUAUACAUGGUCAACACAAGAAUUGUGAGGGUAGAAAUAACCUGUUUAUUGAUGUACACAAUCUAGUUUUAACCAAUAAAUGGAUUGGCUAGUUUUAAAAGAUGCGUCUAGAAUCAAGAAAGAGAGAGAGAGGGAGAGGGAGGAAGGGAGGGAGAGAGGAAGGAAGAAAGAAAGGAAGGAAGAAAGAAACUAGUGAUGUUCAUAGAAUUUGUUGAGCACCUAAAGUACCAGAACCAGGAAAAAUGGCAAGUUUCCAGUAGCAGCUUUGGAGGAAUGACCACUUUCCCCUCCAUUUCCAAAAGACCAGCCCUCUCACUCCAAAGCAGGUGAGCCUGGUAGAUUGGUUAGUUUCUCUCGUCACCCCUCUAAAGGGAGGGCUCAGGAACCAGAGGGCACCACACCUCCUCAGAACCCCACCUGGAGGCAUCACUGCCUCCCUGCAGUCUGUCUACCGUCAGUCAAGUCCACAGAGGCCAAGUCAGCCCAUCUUUGCUCUUGAAGACCUGGUGACACUAACCUAGUACUGACCAGCUAGCUAUUCAUGUUGGCUGGACUGGCUAGUUAAUGCACGGUGAGCCAGGCGAGGGCAUGGUGGAGUGUGUGUGUCUGUGUGUGUGUGUGUGUGUGUGUGUGUGUGUGUGUGUGUAUGUUUGAUGCUGUGUCCGUGGGCUUUGUUGUCAAAAGCAAACUAAAUUUUUGUCAUUGUUUAAAAUGUUCUAUUAUGUAAACAGUAGACACAGGGACCAUAUCCACUCCCGUCAUAUUAUUUGUGAUUGUAAAACACACGUUUGCAGUAAGUUAAGCUUUCUGGAAAGGCAAGCAGAGUGGGAGCAAAUGACUGUCUUGGAACAUGUGUGUAUUAUCUUGGUUCAUAUCAAGUCCAAAGCCGGCCAAGAGCCUCCCCUGCCUUCCCUGCUCGGGGGGGAGGGACUCUAGUUUCUCGUCAGUGCUGUGUUUUAAAGUCAUGUGAAGUUUUCAUCCCCUUUCUGUUGUUCAAGUUGGAAGCAGCCAUGUUCUCAAAGAUGGUUGGACGUUUUUGCUAUUGCUUUAUGUUUUCUAAAACGUAUCUACUUUAUGUUUGGAAAUAAAAAUCUCUAUUUUGGCCUAUGAAACAUUGUGUGGUUUGGAAGU